AUGGCAACCCCAAGCACUGGAGUGUCAUCCGUGAUCCCAGCCAGAUCGAAGUUGCGACCCUCGACCCUCAGGCGCCAUGCAUCCGCACUGGCCGAAACGUCAGCAGAGACUCGGCCCACGGGUCAAGAAAACACCAUGCGCUCAGAAGCCCUCGAAGAGGCAAACAAGCAGCUCGAAGCGGCCAACAAAAAGUUCAAAGACCGCGAGCACACCAUUUCAGCGCUCGAAAAAUGCAACGCGUCACUCAAGACCCAAGGUGACACCUCCUCGGCCCUAACCACCUCCCUCGCCUCCUGCCUCCAGGAAACAACCACAAGCCUCGACGAGGCCAACCAAAAACUCGACAACGCAAUCACCAAGCGCGACAAUCUCGCCUCCCAACUCCAAGAAGCAAGGGCAAACAUGACGAAGCUCCGGCGCAGCGACCGCACCAAAGAGAAGACGCAACAGCAGAACCUCGACCUCAAAGCUCUUCUGCACCAUCAAUCCGCCAGAUACAACAACAACAUCAUCAUCUCCUCUCUAAAAACAACAAAACCGCCUUGUCGAAAUGCAGCACGACCACCGCCGCUCACAACCAAGACAUGUUGCAAUCCGCGCUUUCGGCAGCUAUGCGGCGUAUCGAUGCGCUCGAGACAAGUGGGGCGGGCGUUGCUUGAUGCGCUGGAGGAAGCAGGGUGGGUGAUAGUAGCAGCAGUGGCGACGAAGACGAAGACGAAGACGAAGACGAAGACGACGAGGCAGAGUGCAAUGACAAAGAAGCAAAAAGUGGAAAAAGUUACUCGAAGCCCAAGUGAAGCUAGAUGCAGUGUUGAGGGAUAA